AUGACCACUACAAGUACUAGCCUUUCAAGUACUCUUUCGACCUCUACCUCACACAGUACUCCGACAGUGACAACUGCCGAAAAAGCCACUAGCUCAGCAUCAUCCCUUCAGUCAACAUCCGGAGAAUAUGAAUCUCACGGAAAUAAUCUAUCUACUGGGGCCAUUGCGGGCAUUACUGUUGGCAAAGUUGUGGGUGUGGCCGCUUUAAUCAUCAUCCUCGUCCUAGUUUGGAACCGGACCAAAGUCGCCGCAUGGAUUCACCGCAAAACUGCCCCAAAAUCAAGCGGUGCGAAACUUAAUUACGAGUACUACCCUGCAGAGCAAUAUUCAAGAAGACAGGUUGCGCCUGCUGAACUGGAGCCGACAUCGAUGCUGCCGGAGGCGCCAGGAAUCGAGUCGGUAGCAGAGAAAGAUGGUUAG